GUUCUCAUGCUAUCAACGCUGCAGAAAGGAAAUGCCUAGACCUCGUCUGUAGUGCUUUGGGCUUUGUUAGAGUAGGCGCACAACAAAUGGACUGUGAAACUGAGUGCUGAGGAGGAACUUGACCGGCUUCUGAUUUAGAGAUGAGCCUUGUUUGAACUUGGCCGCUCAUAGUAACCCUAAAGUCUUGGACUGAACUAUAUACUACUUCUCUCUGAAUCUCUUUUGGCCAUCAGUACCCAUGUACAGCAGUGGCUACUCCGAGGUCUCCAAGUACAGUUCGGAGGCUCGAAAGAAGAUGCAGCACCGCUCAAAGGGAAAGAGCUGCGGCUACUACAUGCGGAUUGUCUUCUUCUUCUCUUCGCUCAUUCAGUCUCUUAUCAUAGUUAGCCUGGUGCUCUUUCUGAUCUAUGGUAAGAAGCAGGACUCAGCGUGCACGUCGCGCAUCCAGGACCUGGAAGAGAGCUUCAGCCGGCUCUCCAUAGAGAAUGUCGCCCUGAAGCAGCAGAGGAAGAACCUGACCAACUUACUUAACGUCACCCUGACUGAAAAGGCGCGAAAUGACUGGGACCUUGCCGUGACGCGCAACUACUUAAACAUCUCAUUGAUUAUUAUUAAAGAAAGGGAAGGGAGGCUGCAACAGUGCUUUAGCGAGUUGACGAUGUCCAAGAACACAGCACGUGUUUCUGGCCCAUGCCAAACACAAACUGGCUGUAACUGUGGGCUGCUGGCUGAACAGCUGAAAGCCAGGCUUGAGUUGGUGGAGUCCAACUUCACGCAAACAAGGCAGAGAAUGAGGAUGGAAAUGGACCAGAUUGCCAAAGACAGGGACAACAUUAACUUGGAGGCCAUCAGUCUUAGGAGGGACAAAUCCACACAUGAAAAGGAAGUGGAGUUCUACAGACAGAAAUGCAAAGAUGACUUUGCCCAGUCCUUGAGUGGUGUCUCUAAUGUCACUAAGGCUUUCCUACAGAAGGUUGAUUCUCUCUUCCCUGUACACAUCGCCUUCCAGCUCACCUGUGCGAAACAAAGGGAACACCUGGAGCAAAUCCGCACCAAUUGUACCAGCCUGUCCAGAGAAGUGGAGGACAAGUUCCAGCAGUACCUGAAUAGUGUGGGAGACCAGGUGUCAGGCAUCCAGGGCGAGAACAGCCGCUUGAAGGCAGAGAAUUGGCGACUGUCUGAGGACUACCGCUGGUGCAGCCAGAACCGCACGGGCCUGAUCCAGCAGAACAAACAGAACUUGGACAAGCUUCAGUGGAAACAUGAUGAGGACAAGGAAAGACUCCUCAUGGACAAGAUGAGGCUAAAUGGAGAGAUAGAAGUCCUGGGCAACAAUGUCAAAUAUAAAAGUAAAGAGGUCGAGCACCUUACAGAGAAACUCAAGCAUCUCAACAUGUCCUGCAUGUCUAGGACAGGGUUUGCAUUUCCAGGGGGCUCGACCUCUCUGGCAGGCACACACAGUCAACCUGGGUUUAGCGGAGCAUUCAAUAAGCCAAUAUCAACUGGGGCGGGCUCUUCAAGCUCAUCCUUCUUGUCGCCUGGGUCAGGUAGCUCCACUGGGUUAGGAUUCAAUAAGCCAGUAUCAACUGGGGCGGGCUCUUCAAGCUCAUCCUUCUUGUCGCCUGGGUCAGGUAGCUCCACUGGGUUAGGAUUCAAUAAGCCAGUAUCCACUGGGGCGGGCUCUUCAAGCUCAUCCUUCUUGUCGCCUGGGUCAGGUAGCUCCACUGGGUUAGGAUUCAAUAAGCCAGUAUCAACUGGGGCGGGCUCUUCAAGCUCAUCCUUCUUGUCACCUGGUUCAGGUAGCUCCACUGGGUUAGGAUUCAAUAAGCCAGUAUCAACUGGUGCGGGCUCUUCAAGCACAUCCCUAUUGUCCACUGGGUCAGGUAGCUCCACAGGGUCAGGACUCAAUAAGCCAGCUUUCUCAAGCUUUGGUUCAGCAGGGUCAAAUCCAAGUCUUAGCUCAAGUGGAAUAGGCUCAAAUAAACCAGCAGUGAGUGGGAGAGGCCCAUCAACCAGUGGAUCAUCCUCUGGGUCAACUGGAUCGACGAGCAAGAGUGGGCCAAACCUCUCCCCAUUUUCUUGGUUUGGGAACAUUAACUCAGGACAAAGUAAGACAGGAAGCGGAACAGGGAGAGGAACAUCAAGUGGGAAUAGUAAUGGUGGAACUGGAUCGUCAUUUGGUGCUGGAAGGACGAGUGGACCAGGAGGUGGCACAAUCAACAUUGCUCAUUACCUUCAGGAUGUGCAGCGCCUCAUCAAUCCUCCUGGCCCACAGGAGAACCAAGAUCUCUCCAGAAUGUUGGGUUAGACCAUCUUGACUUGAAAAUUAUUAGAGAUUUAUCUUCCACUAUAUCUAUUACACAAAGCUAAAUACAAGCUUUUCAUAGUGAGUUCACAUAUAGUAUUUCAAAAAAAAUUUACCAUAUAUUAUACUGUGACAGUUUAUACUUAAAUAUUCAUUUAAAGAAUUUAAUUUGAAUAACUAUUGCACUUUUGAAUAUACAAUGUGAAGUUUGUGUGUUAAUGUGUUCAUGUUAAUGAACAGUGGAUAAGAUACAUGCCUUUGGUGUGAGAGACCCGGGUUCAAUUCCCCCUGUCCAUUCACCAAUGUUUCCACUUAAGACCAUGCAAGACACUUAACCCCUAGUUGCUCCAGAGGCAUGCAACCUCUGACAUAUAUAGCAGUUGUCGCUUUGGAUAAAAUGCGUCAGCUAAAUAAAUAAAUGUAAUGAUUUGUAUCUACACAGCACGCAACCUAGCAUGAAUAAGCAAAUGUAGUAUUUUUUUUACAUUGUAAAUACAGAAAAAUAAAGCCUUUGUUUAAAUGUAA